AUGAAGCCUUGCGCCGUGCUAUUGCUCGUGGUCUUCCUCGCCGCGUCCGGCACGGUGUGCUCGGCGUCGAGAGCAGCGCGCGCGGAGUGCGACCCGCUGGCGCUACGCCCGUGCGUCCCGGUGAUCCUCUGGGGCGAUCAGCCGUCGACAGCGUGCUGCGCCAAGCUCCGGAAGCAGCGGCGGUGCCUGUGCAAGUACGCCAAGAACCCGUAUGUAGGUAGAUACAUCAACUCCGAGAAUAGCAAGAAGGUUGCUGCCGCAUGCCGCGUGCGGGUUCCUCGGUGCUAA